AUGGACAGAAUGGAUGUCGACAUGGCCAUGCACCAGCAGUCAAAACGAAUGGCCGGCCUCUCCAUCACCAACGCAACGGGAACCAAAGUCAGCAUUCUGAACGAUAACUCUGCUGAGCUUGAACCAUCGUCAGGCCGCUCCUCUGUCCCACAGUCGCCCCUCUUCUCAAAUAGCCCUCGGGACACCUCCUUCCCACUCAACAAUGACGACGAGCACAGCUAUUCAGCGUCCGCCCACGACCACUACCUCCAACACAAUCACAACCAACAACAACAGCCACCACGCAAACGGCGUUCCCAAGACGCCCCCUACGAAACCGCUCGUUCUUCUUCCCUCACCAACGCAUCAACUCCCAUCUACUCAGCCGAGGAACUCGCUGCCUCGCAAUCCUCCCUGGCCUCCUCCUCCUCUGAUUCCAAGUCUCUGACUCCUGGCUCACAACGCAGCCGGAGUCUCAGUGGGAGUUCGAAACAAUCCCCCACCAUUUCAUCGUCAGCUGGACCCACGACACCAACAUACCCAUUCUUCACGCGAUCGUACUCGGAAGACGGUACGUCUGAGGACCCGUCAUCAGGUCGACGAAUGUCAGACCCAGCCAGCGACACAGGUCUAGCAGGAGUCGUCAAGCGCAAGUACUCCUGCAUAUUCCCCGGCUGCAACAAGUGCUUCACCACAAGUGGUCAUCUUGCGCGCCAUAACCGCAUCCAUACUGGCGAGCGCAACUUUUCUUGCCUCUUGCAAGGCUGCCCAAGCAAGUUCUCAAGACAGGACAACAUGAUGCAGCAUUACCGGACGCAUAUCUCUGCGAAGUCUCGCCGCGGCAUGGCCAAGAAGCCCGAUUACUACGCACAAGGCCUUGCCGCCAACCACUCGCAAGAAGUUUUGAGCAGUCGGGAACAUAGCCCGGCAAUGCACCUUGCCAAGAUGAAUACUUCUCGCCAAGGGUCCCGCCAAAACACUCCACCCCGCUUCAGUCCCUUUAACCGUAGCAACAGCGUCGACUACCCAAGCAACCGCAACUCGGCCGAGCUUCACAACGCCGGCGGCAUCCUUCGUCACAAGAACUCUGGUAUCCUCCAGACGCAUCAGCAUCAUACCCCACUCCCCCACUUCAAUGUCCAUGCGAUGUCGAUGGCCCAACAACAUGGCCAGUCUGGACAAGGCUCCCCGGCUCAGGGAUCUAUGCCAUCACCCUUGACGCCUAAUGCAGGUCAUCCUUCGGGCUACCACCACCAGCCUGCAUAUGUCUCUCAUUCUCACCUCUCGUCGUCCAAGUAUGCAGUUGACACCUCAAGACAUCCUUAUGCACAUCGAUCGGAUGCUGCUCUUGCCUCUCCUACCUCGCCCAUGACGCAGGACGUCGAGCGGAUGGAGGGAGUGGCACCUUCUCUUGACCAGGACCGUCCCUACCACCACCGCCAUCACGGACAGUAUGCCGGGGCUCAACAGCAGCCUUCGUCUGGCCACUACCAACAGCAAUACCCUUCUCAGAAGCAAUAUCAUCGUCGAUCCUCUUCCCCUCAACCGCAUGCUGGUCAUGCUCAUGGUCACAAUGGCAAUGGCUACCAGCUCCCUCCGCUCUCUCUCCACAACCAGGAAAGACUUGCGUCUGAGAGGGGCUCGGGCCAUCCCCACCCCCACGUACCCAUGCCACCUUCCCCUCAAUCGACGCCUCAGACGCCCACGACCAAGUACCGCUUCGAUCCUAUCCAGGACUGCUUGCAGCAGGAAAAGUACCAGCAGCGUGAGCAUGGCGAGCAGCGUGAACAGCAGUACGAUCACCACGGCCGGCACCAUCCCUACGGCAUGAACGAAUCCCAGGAGGAUGAAGAUGGAUCAUCGACCACUGCCCGGUCGUCUGCAUCGUCGCUGUCGCUCUCUGGCUCGAACCGGUCCUCAUUCCAUGGGUCGCACUCGUAUGGCCAACAGCACAAGCUGCAACAACAUCACCCUCUGCAGCAGGAGCAGCACCAGCAGCAGUCGUUGAACUCGAGGCAGGAAACCGAGCUCUCUGGAUUGGAUCAUCUUGCCCAGAUUGUUACCACCUAUGGUUAA